UUCCAAUAGCUUUUGUGGAAUAUGAUGCCAACACGUCUCUGGAUUCUAGCCAUUGGCUUCAUUGGAGUUACACUAGUAGUGCUUCUUGCCGCCCUUGCAAUGUUUGUCAAAAGAAUUAGAACUGCUCCAACAAUAGAACAUGAGCUAGAGGAUUCAACAUCACUUAAGAUAACUUUGGAGGAUGUUUCUGUAGCCGCUAGGAAUCUCAGCGCUUCAAAUUUCAUUGGCCAAGGAAUAGCAGGAAAAGUUUACAAAGGUGUACUCUCCAACGGUCAAUAUGUUGCAGUUAAGCAUAUAAUCAAUGAAGGAGCCAUGGAGACAUUUGUUAGAGAAGUGAGGAGUCUUUCCCAUGUCAAACAUCCAAACCUAGUAGCUCUACUCGGAUACUGUGAAAAUAAAGUUGAAUGCUUCCUGGUGUAUGAACUGUGCCACAAUGGAAACCUCUCAGAGUGGCUAUUUGGAAAUGAUAAAGUUCUUUCAUGGAUUCAAAGACUAGAGAUUGCUGUUGAUAGUGCAAGAGGUCUUGAGUUUCUCCAUACCUACCUAGGUGGCUGCAUUGUUCAUCGUGAUAUAAAGCCGUCAAACAUUCUCAUUGAUUCCAACUUCAAAGCAAAGCUUUCAGACUUUGGGUUGUCCAGAGCUAUGGACCCUGGUCAAUCCUAUGUGAGCUCUGAAGUGAGAGGAACAUUUGGCUAUAUUGACCCUGAAUAUCGGAGCAAUCACCAUGUAAAUGCAUCAGGAGAUGUCUACAGCUUUGGAAUAGUGUUAUUACAACUUCUAUCAGGACAGAGGGUCCUGAACAUCGAUUUUCAGAGACCAGGGUCCCUAAGUAAAAUGGCCAGAGAUUUUGCAAGACGCGGUGAUAUUUCAGAAUUCGCUGAUCCUAAACUCAAAGGGGAGUACUCUGUAGAAGCAUUUGAGAUCACACUAAAGCUAGCUUUGUCUAGCAUAGGGCUUAAGAAGCAAAGGCCCUCCAUAGAACAUGUGUUAUAUAGCCUAGUAAGGGCACUUGAUAUCUCAUUAUACGCGAAACCUUUUAAGUCCUGAAGAGUAUAAUAAGGGCUGCAAAUUGUUGAAGGGGGAAUAAAAUCAUAUAUGUUUCUGAAUUGCAAGGCAUGCUGCUAUGAUAUGAGCUGUCACGGGAUCAGACCAUUAACUAUGGGUAGAUGGCCUGGCCUGGCCGGCGACAUUGAAGAUAAUCAAAUUUGAGGCAAUUCAUUUCAGAGUGUCUUCGCCCACACUACAUUGCCUGCAUGUAACAAUUUAUGGUUGCCUUCUAUUUACAACGUCAAAGAAAUGGAUGACCACUUUUUUAAUACUUGAAACACCACACAAAAAAAUUGAAGGAGCAAUUUGUUAGGAAA